GCAUGCACUGUGAGGACUUAUUUAACCAGCAUGCACUGUGCGGCCAGCUCGCUGUUGCGUGGAAGGCAGGGAAUAAACCGCUAAUACCCUGAGGACUCGGAGGAGCGCACAGCGGCUUUCAGCAUCUCGCAGACCUACAGGGAACGUGCUUUUUUACAUUUUGCACCAUGGCGGUCCACCGCCUGCCACUCAAAGGCAGGUGGGGCGGCGGCAGGUGAAGUUUUGAGACGUGCGGUCUGGACGUGUGGGGAAUGAAAGUGUGGCUUCUUACUCGGGAGCAUGCCGCCCAAGAAAAAGGGAGAGCGCCAGGACACGGACGCCACCGAGGAGAGGAACGCCCAGGUUCAGUUGGAGAAAGCUAAGUACAAGGCCGUGGCCUUUGCCGUACGCUGCAACUUCUCCUACACGCCGGCGGAUGACGACAACGUGCCAGUGCCGGGCCAGGCAGUCACCUUCGAGGCCAGAGACUUCCUCCACGUCAAAGAGAAAUUCAACAAAGAGUGGUGGAUUGGGCGGCCAGUUAAGGAGGACAGCGCUGUGGGCUUCAUCCCCAGUCCGGUCAACUUGGAAACCAUCCUGAUCCGAAGAGAAGUCCAGGCCAGGAAGGCUGCCAAGGCCUUGGCAAACAAAGCAUCCUCACAAGUGGCUCAAGAUAUGAACUCCAAAAAGUACACGCCUCCUUCUCAAGCCAAUCAGCAGGUGAAAAAGAAGCCGGGGGAGCAGGUCUCCAUGUACGACGUUGUGCCUACCAUGCGUCCCGUGGUCCUGAUGGGACCCUCACUGAAGGGUUUAGAGGUGACGGACAUGAUGCAAAAAGCUCUCUUUGACUUUUUGAAACAUCGAUUUGAAGGCAGGAUCACCAUCACGCGGGUCACGGCAGACAUCUCUCUGGCAAAGCGCUCCAUACUCAACAAUCCUGGAAAAAAAGCCUUAAUUGACCGCUCCAACACCCGCUCCAAUUUAGACACUGCAGCCCAGAUCCAAGGAGAAGUGGAGAGAAUAUUUGAACUUGCUCGCAGCCUGCAGCUGGUGGUUCUGGACGCAGACACCGUCAACCAUCCUAUACAAGUUUCCAAGACCUCCUUGGCGCCCAUCCUUGUUUACGUCAAAAUAUCUUCACCAAAGGUUUUGACCCGGCUGAUCAAGACCAGAGGCAAGUCUCAGACCAAACACCUCAACGUUCAGAUGGUGGCAGCAGACAAGCUGGCCCAGUGUCCGUCGGAGAUGUUUGACGUCAUCCUCGACGAGAACCAGCUAACGGACGCCUGCGAGCACAUUGCAGAUUACCUGGAGUCCUACUGGAGAGCCACUCAUCCUCCAGAGAUGGAGCCUCAUGGCAACUCUUUAGUGGCCCAGCUGGCUGAGAACACUCUGCCCACCGGACCCUCCGUCGUGCCGGACAAGCAGAAGAACAAGUCUGUCGCCCCCAAAAGGAAGGGUUCCCAUGACAACCCCUCCACCCACGACCCACCCUCACCCCAGGAGCCGGGGGCCGACGACGGUGAAAGGGAAGACCAGGAGGACACGCACCUUCUGAGGACGGAAGCCAAGAGAGCCCAGCAUUCACGUCAUCAUCACCAUCAUCAUCAUCAUCAUCAACACCGCAGGACAGAGCAGCAGACCCAGGCCUCCACCACAGGACACGCCCACAGGCUUCCUCACAGGCUUCUCCCUGAGGAAGACGAGGAGGAGGAGGAGGAGGAGGCGGGAGGAGCGCCGGACAGUCAUGAUCAUCGGGAUCGCCACCAUAACCGCCACCACCACCACCGUCAUCAUCACCACAGUGGCAGCAGCCAGCCGCACGGCGAGGACGACUACGAGGAAAAUGACGGCAACAGACAUCAGGGGCCUCGGCACUCGGACGAGAACCCUGCCAACAACUACCAACAUGGCACCUGCAGGGACCGGGACAGGUUGAGGGUCAAGGAGAGAGACCGAGGCAGAGCCGUGAGGCUGAGGGACUCACAUUUACACUAGUUGCUGAUCCACCGUACGUACAUAUGUAUAUAUGUAUAUAUGUAUGUAUGUAUGUAUGUAUGUAUGUAUGUAUGUAUGUAUGUAUGUGUAUGUAUGUAUAUGUAUGUAUAUAUAUA